GUUCACCAAGACUGGACCAUCGAGUUCUAUUCCUGAAAGAGUUUACAGCAACAAUAGGUGGUGACGUCACUCUGAAGAUAUCAGUGAUUGCCAAUCCAACACCCACAUUCACCUGGUAUAAACUUUCUGAUGGAAACAAUCAUAGUCUUGGAUCUGAUAUUUCAUCUACAACUGACGUAUCUGCUGUUGGAAAACUCACACUGACAAAUGUUCAGCAGGGAAAUAUUGGGACCUACCAGGUUGUUGUGUCAGAUGGAGCUAAAAACACAGAUCUUGUGAAGAACCUGACACUUGAUGUAGCAGGUCCUCCAAAUAUUCCCUCUGAUGUCGCAGCAUGGAGCAGUGAUUCAAACUCAAUCUCAGUUGCUUGGAUAGAGGCAUUUAACGGAGGAUCGGAGCAGACGUUUAUUGUACAAUACAGAGAAGACACAACAUUAUGGUGGAGAAAUCUAACUGAAAUCAUUCUUGAAAAUGGUCGUGGCACCAUCCAGAAAGCUGUCAUAUCAGAUCUUCAGUCAAACAUGAGAUAUCUGGUGCGAGUUUUGGCUUAUAACAGAUAUGGGUACAAAGACUUUACUGAGGAACAGGAAGCUUUGACAUUACCCCCAGGUGAAUGUCUUGUACCAGUUUCAUCGAACAAAGUAACUGGAGAAGGAAUUGCAGUAGGGAUUGGAAUCGGGAUUGUUGUUGCAGCUGCAGCAGUGAUUGUGGUUAUCUUUAUUUUGUGGCGACGAGGUUAUGUGUGUGCAUCUUCAAAAUCAGCCUUGUAUCUAAACAGUUAUACUCUGAAUGAGAGGAAUAGUGUGAUAACUACAGUUUGGGGGGACACCACCGACCCCGGCAAGCUGAUGGGGAAGUUCCUCAACCAGGGCUGGAGACCACUGCAGGAUGGUACCGACUACGAACUACACCAUCUCCGGACCAAGGAAGACCACUCGGGACUCGUUGUGACCCACCAGCGCCGAGACUGCUACCGACAAGCGAUCCUGCUACGAGAUAUGGAUAGCCAGACCAUCCACAGGAUCCUCAAGGCUAUCUUCGUAAUAAGUAAAGUCUUGCAGCUUGAUAUUGGAUUUUUAAAAGUUUUUCUAGAGAAUGUUUUGAACAGGUUCCCCGAAUUGUGGAGCAAUAGUCUAAGUGAGGUAAUUUCUUGUCAAGAUGGCCAUGUGGGGUCUGGCAUUGCUAUGCUGAAAGAUCAGACCUGGACCAUGAGCUGCCACAAAGGGCACACAUUCCUGGGAGAGCACCUAGUUGCAGUAAGAAGCAGCGUUGAGGAUGCCACGGAUGUCAAGUUGAGAACGUCCUUUUCCAGAGACAGCUCCCCAAACUGUUACACUUCUGCCUCCGAAUCUGUCAACUUCACUGACACAACACUGAGCAUCACGUUCACUACGUCGUCUCCAAACCGUCUGCCUGCCAUCGGCAAAUCACAGUGUGAAUCUUGA